CCGGUGUUCACUCCUUCUUCCGUGCUCUAGUCCUGAAAAUGACACUGUCAUUCAUCAUGCUGUCUUGCUCCGUUUCGGCGGAGGUAGACUUGACUACCCCCAUAUCCUAAGGUUCAAUGCCAUGUCCCCCAGCUUUUUCUCCGCCGUGUCGGAUGUGGUGGAAUUGGUUGUUUAUUUAAUAAGACUCGCACAUAUAUAUAUUUCUAUCUCGCUCUUCCCCCAUCGUAAUACUCAUGGCAUUCGACUGAACGACGCGCGAUGGACCAUCUGGCCGCAGCGAGUCCUCGUCCUCAAGGAGAUAGUACCAAGCUCAGGAAGAUUCGCAAGGGAGCCAACAGUUGUUGGGAAUGCAAAUGGCGAAAGGUUCGAUGUACUUCUGACUCGGCCUCCGACCACGUCUGCAUGAACUGUCGACGUCGUGGCACCGCUUGUUUGAGUCAAGAAUUCCCAGAAGCGGCAGCCCCCUCAGGCGAUAGAGACCUCCCACCUAGGGGAGAAGAGGGAAACACGUUGCAGCCCUUGGCCGACGUUCCUACGAUUCCACCCUCGCAAAAUUCAAGCAGAAGGGAGGAAAGCUAUUUUGCUAUGGAAGGCAUCAACUUCGAGAACGGGGAUCUAGUAGCUGGCAACACUCGACCCCAGCAGCAAUGUACGGACACGGCAAAACAUGCGAAAAUUUCUCAAGCUUUGUAUUCCACGCUACCCUCGCCUGAGGAUAUCGAGAUAAUGUGGAAGGCCAGUGCACAUGUCUCCAUUUACUUUUACCAAGUGCUGGCCCGCCCCGGAUUCAAUAACCAUCCGGUGUUGCUAGCCAAGUAUAUCUUUUUCAUUGCUACCGUACUGUGGUAUAUUGAUCCCGAGUCCUAUGAAACGAUCGAAACCAUGCCUGAACUACCACAAGUCAUGGCUAACCGACUUGUCACCGCUCACGAUGAGCUCUUGGGUACCAUGGAGGGCUUGGAGUGUAUUAUGAUGGAAAGGAUGUACCAAGCAAAUUGUGGAAAUCUUCGACGUUCCUGGGUUUCUUUUCGCCGAGCCAUGGCCCUCGCCCAGUUAAUGGGUCUUCAUCGUGCCGGCAAGCAAAAGCUCAAAUCUGUUGUCCCUAGAGCCAGGAUUAAUCCCCCAUACUUGUGGUAUCAUAUUGACAUGGAGAUCGGUCGCCUUGAAAGACUCCAUUGCACCAUUACGUCGCGAAUUCUGGAGCGUAACGACGCAAACCCCGAAUCGUAUAGUUUCGACAUAACUCAAAAGGUUGAUUCCGACCUACAGAACGUGGCUGAAACGAUGCCAAGCGGCUGGUAG